CCCCUAAAGCCAAACAGCAGAAGAAGAACCAUGGCAACCCUGGUGGGCGGAGCCACGGAAGACCUCUUCACUCUCACGCAGGCAGGCACGAGACCGAAAUGGCGGCGCCAGCAGAGAGGAUGGAGGGGGAGAGCUCAGCCAAGCCUGCAGCCGAGGAUAUGACAUCAAAGGACUACUACUUUGACUCAUACGCCCACUUUGGCAUCCACGAGGAGAUGCUGAAGGACGAGGUUCGAACUCUGACUUAUCGCAAUUCCAUGUUCCACAACAAGCAUCUGUUUAAGGACAAGGUGGUGCUGGAUGUGGGCAGCGGGACGGGCAUCCUCUGUAUGUUUGCUGCCAAGGCUGGAGCCAAGAAGGUCAUCGGGAUCGAGUGCAGCAGCAUCUCGGACUACGCUGUGAAAAUUGUCAAAGCCAACAAGAUGGACGAUGUUGUUACCAUCAUCAAGGGGAAGGUGGAGGAGGUGGACCUCCCUGUGGAGGGAGUUGACAUCAUCAUAUCGGAGUGGAUGGGCUACUGCCUCUUCUAUGAGUCCAUGCUCAAUACGGUCAUCUAUGCCAGGGACAAGUGGCUGAAGCCAGAUGGAAUGAUUUUCCCCGACAGGGCAACCCUUUAUGUUACUGCCAUCGAAGACCGGCAGUACAAGGACUACAAGAUCCACUGGUGGGAGAAUGUGUAUGGUUUCGAUAUGUCGUGCAUCAAGGAGGUGGCCAUUAAGGAACCCCUCGUUGACGUGGUGGACCCAAAGCAGCUGGUCAGCAGCGCCUGUCUCAUCAAGGAGGUGGACAUCUACACGGUGAAGGCAGACGACCUGACCUUCACCUCACCGUUCUGCCUGCAGGUGAAGAGGAACGACUACGUUCAAGCUCUGGUCACCUACUUCAACAUCGAGUUCACCCGCUGUCACAAGAGAACCGGCUUCUCCACCAGCCCAGAGUCUCCCUACACCCACUGGAAGCAGACGGUCUUCUACCUGGAUGAGUACCUGACUGUGAAGACCGGGGAGGAGAUCUUUGGCACAAUCAGCAUGAAGCCAAACAUCAAGAACAAUAGGGACCUGGACUUCACCGUAGACAUCGACUUCAAGGGUCAGCUGUGUGAGGUGUCAAAGACGUCAGAGUACAGGAUGCGUUAGUCUGUCCCUCCCUGUGUUAGUGUGUCUGUAGUAGAGGACAGAUUAUACUGUUUGACCUGGAGUCUCUACAAUAGUUUGAAGCUCUCCAUGCAGCAACAUUUUAAUAUCAGUCUUUUCUUGUCAUUUUCUUGUUCAGACGUUAACAGUAUUCAAAAGAUCACAUGCUUUGGGGUCAAAGUGCGGUGUCCAGGCGACGUAGUCACUCUGGACAGGUGUGGGACAUGUACUGGUGUAACAUCUUGGGUUUUGCUCAGCGGUCUUUGUCCUUUGCAUGUGUAACUGUCCCUGUUGAAACCAACCUGUCUGCCUCGUUGGCUCCCGGCUCACUUUGGCCCGUCCAGUCAUUACAUGGCCCGUCUUCUCAUCCCCUUAUUUUCCAGUCAGUUUUCCCAUUUGUGUAUUUCCAACCCGCCUUUUCCACCUGUGUACCAGUUAAUUAAAAACGUCUAUGGAACUGACAAGUGAACUGUCUACCGAAGAACUAUUCACACCAGACACCCACUGUGGUUCUGGGGGGCUCAAGCGUUGUGGUUUGGUCUUCUAAAGGAACCCGAUCAUGAAUGCAGUGUCAAGCGUGUCCCAAACUACAUACUAAUUCUACACGGUGCAAACUACAUAUUAAUGCUUCUAUACGGUUUUAGCAUGUAGUUAACAUCAUAUACAGGUAACUGUACAUGUGUGUGUUGGAUGUGUAUAUGAAACCUGUAAAGCGACCAUCAAUUAUACAAAAAAAAAUGUAUAUAUAUCCAUCCAACGUAGUGAGUUUCUCUGGUGUGCGUCAUGAGAAGCGUAUUGGGUCACAUUCCUGCUUAGAAUCAGUGUGUAGUGUGAGAAUCGGGACGACAUGCUUCAUGUAUGAUGCAAGUGUGUGAUGGUGUAAAGAGAAGCACACUGAGCAAUGUGACGUGUUGCUUGCUGCUCCCUGGGGGGACUCGGUUUGUUUCCACCCCGCCGCUCAUCUGAUGGUAGUCGCCAUGUUGGCACUGUGCCGAGGUCACUGACUCACCGAGGUUCUUUUGUAUUUCUUUUUGUUUGCUGCUUUUUAAAAAAAUGAAUAAAACUCAUCUGUAAAUGUGA